AUGUCGUCGCAGCCCAUGACCGAGGAGGAAAGAGCCGCGUUUCAGGCGGCGGCGCUCGCGCGUCUUCGCAAUCCGCCGGAGAGGGUCGUCCCGGACCGGCUCUUCGUCGAGGCGGCGGAGUACGACGUGCUCCAGCGGCUGACGCAGCAGGACUACAACGAGCUGAUGGACGAGGUGGUGGCCGGCACCGUCGGCCGCAUGACCGACGAGCGGCGCGCAGAGCUGCACGCCGGAGACCUCGAGCUCAUCCAGCAGCGCGUCGGCGUGGGCGUGGAUGCGUGCAUUGCGAGGUAUGAGCAGGCGCAGCAGCCGCUCCGCUUCGUGCGGGGCGACCGCGUGGUGUGCAACAUCGGAGGCGACUGCCCACUGCCCGUUGGGCGAGCGAGCGGGCGAGGGAGGUUGAGUGGUGAUUUGGUAUCGGUGGAGACGGAAGCAUGCAUCGCCGCCACACACGAGGAGGACCCGGCCGACCCUACCGGCCAGACUGUGCUGCCGUACGUCAAGAUCGACCCGCCCGAAGGACGGCUCAUCUCUGUGCCGACGGACGAGGUCUACGUGUGCCGAGCCGAGGUUUGCUUUGGGCAGCGGGAGGAUGGGCUCGAGUGGACCUCGUACUGCCUGCCGCCGCCCGCCGCCAAGCCCGCCGCCAAGCCGCGCCGCUUCGCCGCCGGCGAUCGCGUCGCGUGUGCGGUGGAGGACCCGUCCGACGCGUACUCCGUCUGGGCGGCCGGGACGGCGACGCUCUACGGCGAGCACGCGGCGCCGCGCACACUCUCCCAUACCGCGUACAACUUGACAGCGGCGCGGCAGUGCUGGCGCACCGCCACGAGCACCGGAAGGGUCCGACUCCAAUGA